UCACCACACACCAAAACGAUGGUGACGAGCGCCAUCUCGGUCGAGUUCUCGCAAUACUGCAAAUGCGACAGCAUCUUUGAAGCCAAGUACCUCCGAACGCAUCGGUCCGGCGGCACCAAGGUCCUGCGAUGCUUUCCCCACUGCUGCCCGUCGCAUGUCUUCAACAGUGUCUGCGGCACGUCUGUCGUCGCGCGCGUGCACGGCCCCGCGGACCGCGUCCAGCAGUCCAUGACGUACCUUCGCUUCGAGGCGUCGUACGAGCGGCCGUUCCAGGUCGGCGACACGCUCAGCGAGCAGACAAUUUUGUCCAACCUCCGUCGACAGACGCACGCAAUCGGCGAGUGGAUUGCGAGUCAGUACGAUGUCUUUGACGACAAAACGUCGGUGCGCGUCAACGAAUUCAGCCCCAAGGCCACGUCGUCGCUCGGGUGGCACUACCGCUGGGUCGGCGGCUCAGCGCGCCAGCAGCGUCGCGCGACCCACUGCCUUCGCGCCUAUGUCUUUGAGCGCUUCUUCCACCACAACGUCUCGAUGCUGCGGGUGGUUGCGACGACACAAUCGCCGACGUUCAUCGUCAUGUCGUACCGGCGCGCGUGCAAAGUGUGCCAGCGCCAGACGCCGGAGGACCUCGAGAAGACGUCGGCGCAGUGUCAGUGCGAAGGCAUCUAUCGUGUCUCGAGCCACGGCUCCGACAACGACGACGAAAAUAUGACACCGCCAUCGUCGAUCAUGAGCAUGCAACAAGACGCGAUGCCGUCGGCGCUCAUUUCGGACAUGGAGCAUGCGUUCUCGAUCAUCUACUACUACCUCUCAACGCUCGACGUACCUGCGUUCGCCGCGCAGCUCGCGAUGCUGGAAGAGACCAUGCAGCAGUGCUUCUUCCACGGUACCGGACCCAACAUCUCGUCGCCGCUCUUUCAGCCCUUCAUUCGUGCUCCGUCACCGCAAGCCAAGGGCCUUGAAGCCUCGAUCGCGUCUGCGUGCAUGCUGUUUAUGAGCCAAAUCACGACGCACAUGCCGGCCGUGCGCCACUUUUUCGGCUCGAAUGCAGCGUGCUUGCUCAACAAGCGCGACCUUGAGAAGAAGUACCUCGCGUGGAUACGCUUUGCGUACGAGACGCUCAACCCGAGCGUCGCGCCGCUAGACACGACGCUGCUGCACUUGGCGCAAGACAUUCUGCGGCUCGUUGAAGACCCGCUCGCGCAGCGCCCCAACAUUUCGCUCCUCCGGCACAAGAUCCAGACGUACCACCCAACGCUUGCGUUCGAGUGGUUUGUCGCACAGAUGCGCGAGAUGUAUCUUGCGAUCAACUCGCCGAUGCCGUCGACCACGACGCCGUCGCCUCUCGAUGGCCGCUGGCGCUGGACGUCAACGAACGUCUCAUUCCUUGCCGAUUCGUCGCCGCCAUCCUUCUUGACUAUCUUUCGCGCUCUCUCAAUGGGCCUCUCGGUCCAGCAGAUUGUCCAGGGCACGUCGCUCUUCAUCACCUCGGAGCACGCACUCUUCCCCACGAUUUGGUCCGAGUUUGUCCUCGAUGGUCACCCGCACAUCCUCCGAGUAUUUGCCAACGGUGAAACGACAAUGUCGUGCGUCUCGGACUUCAUGUACGGCGACUACGUCGGGCGCCUCGGCCCUGAGGACCCGCAGACAGUUGAGCUCACGCUCUACUGCUGGCCCGCGGCCGUCCUCUCAGUAAACCGCCACUGCUACGCGAUCCGCCUCCAAAGCGUCUUGCAUGGCCCGAACACACUUUCGUGCCGCGUGCAAGUGACGUCUGCGCUCGAAGACAAGAAGGUCGACUACUGGGGCAUGGACAUUAGCGAACGCAUUGCGUCCUUCAACGUGCGCGACGAAGCCCCCGUACUCGAGCUUACGCUGCAGUACGCGCGCCGAUGAGUCUGUCCAUACCUCCUGUUAGCCAAUAGAAAAACCGCUAGUACCAACCAGGCAAGUGUCUAUGUCCAUCGUAGGAUUUGGUUACGGCGAUGUUGAAGCUAUAUCCCUA